GAGCCGGGCCGCGCAGGCGCCGUGGAGCCAGGGUCGCGGCGGCGGCCCGCGGUGAGUUCCUGUGCGGCGGCAGCGUGUGGUGGCCGGCCUGGCGCUCUCUAGGCGCCUCCAGCUCGCGGGCUCCUGCCUUGGCYGGUCCCGGCUGUCUUCCGGCUGUGAGCGGAGACAGCAGGCAUCACAGAGGGAUCUCUUAUCCUAUCUUGAAUGACCGAGCUUCCUAGGCCCAACAGACCAUGGGAGGGCUUGCCAUCCAAGCUGAUGGCAUCUGAGGCAGAGUGCUGUCCUUUGGGUGUGUUCAAGUGCCAGCUCUGYUCUGUGACAGCUCCAUACAGCUAUGUGGGGCAGAAGCCCCCCAACACCCAGGCUGUUGUCCUGCUGGAAGAGAGCUACGUCAUGAAGGACCCCUUCACUUCAGGCACAGACAGAUUCCUGGUCCUUGGGUCCCGGUGCAGCUUAUGCAGCAGGCUGGUGUGUGUGGGUCCGGUGGGAGUGCAGCUUGUUCUACAGCAGGAGGUUCUGCCUCCCUUGUGUCCAGGACAACAUCAGCGCCUUCCCUCGGGAAAUCCAGCAAGAUGUGGAGAAAAGGAAAGGUCCUAAGCGGCCCUCAAGCCAGCCCUGUCCUUGAAUGUGAGUGCAGUCUGUGCCAAGUGGGCAGCAGCCUCCUGCGCAGAGCUCCUGGCCUGGCAGGGAGCAGGAUCUGCAGCCCAAGGGAGUGGAAGAGCCAUGCCAGGAGGUGGAGCAGACAGCCUGUGGGUCCAGCCUAGUGCUGCGGAGCUGCCCCCAGGGCUGAGGAUUCUGAGUGAGAGGGAGACUCCCUUCACUGGGCAGCUCUGGUAGCCCGGGAGGCGCACACAUGAGGCCUGGAACAUGGUGGAGGACCACGCUGCCAUCUGUGCACAAGGAAGUCACUCUCCGAGGCUGCCUUCAUGCACAGCAGCAGGUCUGGGGGACAGGAUUUUUUCUUUACAUCCUUAUGUAAGCUUGGAAAUGUCCUGCAUCUUGACCACUCACUGCCCAUUACCAACAUGACUGAGAACCUGAAGAGCCCACCAAUGCUCUGAAAAGAAAUUCUUCCACAAGACACUUGGAGACUGGAUGUCCCCACAGGCACUCUGGGAUGGCAGUGUGAAGAUGUUUUUUUGUGRACACUUUGGGCAAGACAUCAUGGACAGGCAGUGGAGGGGGUGUCAGGAAGCGAAGUGUCGGCUUUCCAGCUGCUCAGGCUGCCUCCAGCCCGGGCCCCGCUGCACGCUCUGCCCUGCACUCUCAGGUCAGGAACACUGGCUUCCUUCCCUUACGCCACCCCUCGCCACCCUGCACUCAGCCCUCUAGUCCCACAGCCUCCCAGAGGUCCCCAUGUCUGCUUAGAGUCUCAGAGGCAGGAACUGCUGCCUUAUUCUGUGACCACGGCAAGGCAGACCAUCAAGUUGGGUGAGAUAUAAAGAUCUUUGACUGAUGUGUACACUGGAUUUUAUUUAAGAGCUUCCUAGGGGCCGGAAYUGUGGCUCGAGUGAGAGCACUCGCCUUGCACUUGUAAGGCACUGGGUUCGAUCCUCGGCACCACAUAAAA